AUGUUUCGAAGAGAUCCGAUAGCAAUCAGUCCUAUAAAAGGAACUUACAUCAAUAGUUAUAAAACUCAAUCAAAAUCAAAUUAUCAUGAAUGGAUAAAAUUUUUUUUAUCUGCCUUAAUUCCAUUAAUGAUUGGUGUUUUUACAAUAGUCACAACUAUGUUACAACAAAAACUCUCUGAUCAACAGCGAGAACAGGAUAAGGAAGAUGCACGACUUUUUCGACUACAAUCUGACCAUCAAACGGACAUUUUACGACAAGAAACUGUAUUUGACACUUAUAUCGAUGAUAUUACCGCAAUUUUAAUGGAAAAUGAAGUACAACAUUUAGUGCAUAUUCGAAUAAAAACAUUAACAAGUCUUAGACAAUUGGAUCCAGAACGGAAACAACAUUUACUUUUAUUUCUUUACGAAAGUGGACUGAUUUAUCAUCAUUCUACAAAACCAAUUUCAUCUUUAUUAAGAGUUAAUUAUGUUAAUUUCAAUGAUAUUUUUUUCAAAGGAACUAUGGAAAAUCAAUGUUCAUUUCUACGUCUCUACUUACAUGAAGCUUAUUUAUCAAAUUCAUCAUUUAUAGACUGUUACAUUGAUCGUGGAAAUUUUUCGAAUGCAAUUAUGUACAAAGCAACAUUUUUCAAUACACUUUUGAUACGUUCGUCGUUUAAGUUUGCUUCACUAGUUAAAGCUAAUUUCAAUAAAUCAAAAUUGGCUGGAAUAGAUUUUUCUGGAGCAUCAUUAGUCGAAUCUAUUUUUACUGGUACACUUUGGAAAGAAGGCAAUGUUAAUUUUACGAAUGCAAAUCUAACUGGAGCAAUUAUAUCAAAUGAACAAUUACAUAAUUCAACAUUAUACAAUUGUAUUUUACCUAAUGGUACUUGGGGGCUUAUCUAUACGAAAAAUCUUGUUGUGAAUGGUGAUGUUGAACAAAAUUGUACAGCAAAUGGUAGCAAUUUUUCGUCCGGAUGGGAUGUUUCUAAUACUGGAGAAAUGAAAGUAUUUGCAUAUAGUACUCGAAAUUUGACAAAAACAUUAGGUGAAUGUUAUUUUCGAGUGAUAUCGUUCUACAAUUCAAGAAAAGUUGUAUAUGCAGUUCAAACUAUUAUACUUGAACGUUUCUCUUUAUUGAUUUCUACUGGUCUUGCUCGUUAUCAUGCAUCGGCUGAUAUUCAAUGUUUUGGAAGUCAAUAUGUUAUCAUCGAGUUAUAUUUUAUAGAUUUUAAUGGUUUACGAUAUCCAGUCGUCUCUUCAGGAUCUGUUUCUGGAACUGAAAUGGAAUCUAUUGAAAUGUCAGACAUAGUUCCUUUGGAUGUUCGUAGUGUUCGAAUGUUUAUUACAUUUAUUGUUAAGUCAAACAGCAAUUCACCUAUUGAUAAAGACUAUUGUAUUUGUGACAAUACUGGUUUUGAUUUAUUAAAUCUUCGAAUAAAAUACUCUAUUAAUAUUGAACCAUCAGUAUUGCAUAUUGAUUGUCAUGAACAUUCACUUGAAUGGGCCGAAAUAAUUUUUAUUAAUAAUGGUCUUUCCAGUUUAUCUGGAUAUGCAUAUGAACUUUUAUCAAUGAAUUGGAGUGAAUUACUAAACAUUCAAUUGUUUGAUUGA